GCGCAUUGGAACUAGAGCAUCCAAGUACAUGUAACAAACAACACUUAAGACAAAGCUUCACGUAUUUCAUCAUCUACAACUUCUCAUAAAUAGUAACAAGUUUGAUAUCGCAAUAUAAUCGAAGAUGACUACAGCACAUAGGCCUACCUUCGACCCGGCACGUGGAAAGGAGGCUCUUCGAGGACCGGCCUACCACCAACGGCUCCUACCUGCUCACACCCAGCUCAAGUUCAGAAAACCCGGACAAGGAGGAGAUGCCGACGAGACCCGCGACCUACGAGCCGAGCUUCUUGCCGCCGAAGCCGCCCACUUCGCGAAGCAGAACGGCGGCGCGCUUCCCCAUGCCACCGGAGAGACCAACGAGACAGCAUCCACCACCACCAACAAUGCUUCGAAGCGACCGUUAGCAUUGAAUUCGGGGUCAGAUGGGGAUGGGGAAGACGGGGAAGACCCAGAGGCGAAGCGGCGGCGCAUAUUAGAAGAGUCCCGAGAUAUAGACGCAGAUUCGGAUUCAGAACAAGAUGAAGACGACAGCGAAGAGGAUAGCGACGAUGAUGAGGACGAAGAAGCAGAGCUGCAGCGCGAGCUCGAGAAGAUUAGACGCGAGCGGGCCGAGAAGCGCGAGAAGGAGGAACGUGAGAAGGCCGCAGCUGAAGAAGCCGAACGAGAGCGGGACAUUGCGCUGGGCAACCCGUUGCUAAAUCCCAAGAACUUCAACAUGAAGCGAAGGUGGGACGACGACGUCGUCUUUAAGAACCAAGCGAGGGGGACAGAGGACAAAGGCAAGAGAAAGGAGUUCAUCAACGAUCUCCUGCGAUCCGAUUUCCACAAGCGGUUCAUGAGCAAAUACGUGAGAUGAGAUGUACAUUACGCCAUGAUACCAGCCUACGAACAUGUGGCAUAACCAAGGCCAAAGAAAUUACUACUACUGCUGAUAGAGAUUCGUUAUGGUAGAGAAAUUUCCUCUUCUUUUUAGAAAGAAUGGACGGAUGGGAAACGUAAGGGAAAGAAAAAAGUGUGCAUCCCUGUUUUCUGCAAAUUGUCACAAUUUCAGAACCGUCCCUGACUUACGUGGGGCAUAUAUAUAGUACUAGUCCGGUAUCCAUGAUCCGUGAUGGCAUUCAAGAGAUUACUCGUAAUGGGAUAUUAAACUACGAGGUCCCAGGAAGAAAUCCUAAAGCCCCGCGAGAGAUAGAGCUGUUUCUACAUUUGUUUAGUUUAGCGGUACUGAUUUCUCGGACGAAAAAAAUACAUUAAAUUUUUUAAAAA